AUGGCCGGGACAGGGCCGCCCCCGGGACUCCCGGGUACGGGGGGAGCUUUGCCUUCGGGCCCACGGCCUGGCAUGCCCGGGAAGAGCAGCGAGAAGCGACUGAGAGAGAUGGAGGCAGAGAUGGUGCUGUUUGAGCAGGAAGUCUUGGGAGCCCCAAUAUCUGGGAUUCCAGCCCCAGUUGUGCCAGCUGUGGAACCUGCACCUGUGAUCCGCCCAAUCAUUGCCACCAACACCUACCAGCAGGUCCAACAGAGCCUGGAGGCCCGCAUUGCUCCCAUUGUAGGUCCCCCUGGCCCCUUUGUGGGUCCUGGAGGAGAUGCCAUGUUCCUUCGCCAGGCGGCAGGUGGCCCACGCCCCAUGGCUCUUCGGCCCCCACAUCAGGCCCUGAUUGGGCCUCCCCUGCCUGGUCCCCGCGGACCUCCUAUGAUGUUGCCACCAAUGGCCUGGGCACCAGGACCCCCACUUGGCACAAUGGCAACCCUGAGGCCUCCUCCAGAGGAGCCUCCAGCCCCUCGGGAACUAGGCUUGGGCCUGGGCCUGGGCCUGAAAGAGAAGGAAGAAGCUGCUGCUGUAGCUGUGGCAGCUGCUGCGGCUGCAGGGCUGGAAGAAGCGGGUGCAGCUGUGGGGGGCCCAGGAGCCGCUGCAGUCAUUGGGCCCAGCCUCCCCCUGCCCUUGACCAUGCCCUUGCCUGAGCCUGAGCCCCUGCCUCUACCCCUGGAAGUCGUUCAGGGCCUGCUUCCACCUCUGCGAAUCCCUGAGCUCCUGUCCCUCAGGCCUCUGCCCCAGCCCCAGCCUGAGCCUCAGCCACCCCCGGGACUCAUGGCCCUCGAGGUCCCAGAGCCUUUGGGUGAGGACAAGAAGAAAGGGAAGCCAGAGAAGCUAAAACGUUGCAUCCGAACAGCAGCUGGGAGCAGUUGGGAAGACCCCAGACUCCUGGAGUGGGAUGCAGAUGACUUCCGGAUCUUCUGUGGGGACCUGGGCAAUGCGGUGAAUGAUGACAUUUUGGCCAGAGCCUUCAGCCGAUUUCCCUCCUUCCUCAAGGCCAAAGUUAUCUGGGAUAAGCGCACAGGCAAGACCAAGGGUUACGGCUUUGUCAGUUUCAAGGACCCCAGUGACUAUGUGCGCGCCAUGAGGGAGAUGAAUGGAAAGUAUGUGUGCUCUUGCCCCAUCAAGCUUCGAAAGAGCAUGUGGAAGGACCGCAACCUGGAUGUUGUUCGGAAGAAGCAGAAGGAGAAGAAACUAGGGCUUAGAUAGCCCAGACCCCCAAGAUUCCCCUUUAUCCCCUGUGAUGA